AUGGCUACCCAAGCCAGCAAUGCCAGUGUACGCAGCGAUGUUUCCGGUCCCGCAGAACCGUUGUAUCAAGUAAAGUUGCUGGCUGCGUUACGCAGUGGUGAUCCUGCACAGAUCCACCCAUUCUUAGCUGAUAUCGGCAAGGACCAGUCGAGAAGAGCGUCAACCUCUACCCUCGGCGACUCCAGCCUCGCGCCGGCAGCCCUUCAUCUUGCGAUCCGAUGUGGCACUUAUGACACUGUCAACCUCGUCCUGUCGCAUAAGGCCAUUUCGCCGAAUGCUGUUCAUCCACCCGGAUCGAGAACGACCGCUCUCCACCUCGCCGCUUCGCUAGGACGCGCCGACGUCGUACGGUUACUUCUCGAACAAGAAGAGAUCGACGAUACGCUCAGAGAUGAAAAGGGAAAGACUGCUGUGGACGUUGCUCGGGGGAGAGACGUCGUGCGUGCUAUCCAUGACUCCCGAGCAUUCCUCACUGCCUCUUAUCGCUCGCUGUUAAGAACCUAUGCAAUGUCUCCCCUACCACCUGCCGCACCAUCUGCCCACGAUCCUGGCCCACCAUCGCCGCCAAAUGCCCUCCUCUCCAUCCUCUCCUCACCACGCACUAAACUACUCGAUCUUUCGCAUCUUGACGAUACCACCGGAUUGUCUUUGCUUCACGCUGCAGCUGCUCGUAAAGACCUGCGACUGAUUGAACUAGCUAUUCGUGCCGGUGCCGACGUCUUCGUUCGGGAUCGCCGUGGUCGCGGAGUUGUGGAAGCGGCGGGUAAGGAUGAGAGAGUAAGAGCAUUCCUGAGGCAAUUCACGAAUCGCGAUACGGCGCUAUUGGAAACUCAAGACUCCGCUGCGGAGCCACCCACCCUCAAGGGCUACCUUAAUAAAUACACGAAUGUCGCGAAGGGUUACAGCACGCGCUGGUUCGUCCUUCGUGGUGGCGUUCUGUCCUAUUACAGGCAUCAAGAAGACGAAGCUGUUGCGUCUCGAGGAUCAAUCGCGAUGAAGACGGCUGUGCUGCGCUCGGACGACAAGAUGCGCUUCGAGGUGCACUCGAGCCCGCCUCGGGCAGGUGCCAGCGUCCAGAAGUGGUUCAUCAAGGCCAACCAUCCGGUAGAGGCCGCACGCUGGACACAGGCGAUCGCAAGAAGCAUCGAAUGGUAUCGAAGUCGGGAUCGCGAUUUGCAAGGUCAAGGCCAGUCGGACCCUACUCGCCCACCCAGCCGACGCAGCAUGGAUAGCGAACAAAGCGAGACCAGCGGGAAGGGUCGGUCAUCGACCAACCUCAUCAGCCGUGCCCGAACCAUGUCGACGUUCCCCAGCCGUAACGCCUCCAUGACUAUACUAGCACCUGCCACGGCCGUGUCGUCCAAGAAGAGGAACCGCAUCACUUCCUCAAUAUCAUCUAGCCUUGGGGUAGACACGGACCUUGAACCGACCAGCGUGAACGAGAGCGACGCGGAGCCCGAUUUGCAUCACGUCACGGCCGAACCUGAGCCCAUCAGCGGUCGAGAGGACGAUUCUGAUCAAGAUGCGGAAGCCAACUUCUCUGACGGAGGCGAGAAGGCCGCCAAGGCCGUGCCACCCCACACUCCUCAGUUUGACCUUCACGGCAACGCGGCGGUAGCACAGUUGGAAGCCACCGCUCAGCUUCUCGCGGGCAUGCCCAUCCCUCCUGGCGCACCGACCAAUGCGGCGGAGCUUCAGAAAGCCCUCCGGGACUCAAUGGGCACCGUGCAGGAAAUGCUGUCGAAUUACAUCCAGAUGGCCAGGGAUCGGGAUGACUGGUGGAGACGGGCCGUGGAGGCGGAGCGACGGCGCCAACAGGCAUGGGAAGAGAGCCUCCGAAUGGUUGUAAAGGAAGGCGAGGAACUCGAACGGGAGCUCAAGACUCGAAGUCGGCGACGGUCGAGCCGGAUACAUGACUCCGUCAUCAUCGACAGACCUGUCAGCACGCUCAAGGCACGCCGCAUGCCAGAGGGCUUGCCCAUAUCCGAAACUGGGGAGGGUGUCUCGUCGGAGGCGCAGCUCGUGGAGACAGCGGAUCUGCCCACCCCGAAGGCUCAGGACGGUCUCCCCGCGUCCAGCUCCGGUCUAUCGCUCGGUCCACUACCCUCCGCCGGGUUAGCCAUGGCACGCCAGUUCUCUCCCGCUAUGCCAGGAUCACCGGCCUACGAGGACGAAGGGGAUACGGAUGAGGAAGACGAGUUCUUCGACGCGAUCGAGUCGAACACUCUCCCUAACCUCGUCGUCAACAAAUCCCUGAUCUCGGCAGCCAAACCGACUCCAGAGAUGGCCAUCAUCAAUAAGGAUCAGUACAAGGCUUACGAGCACUUGCGCUCACGACUCAUGCUUGACGCCGAUAAUCGACCGUCGACUAGUCUUUGGUCUGUGCUAAAGGGAAGUAUCGGCAAGGAUUUGACGAAAAUCAGUUUCCCGGUUUACUUCAACGAGCCGACCAGCAUGCUUCAGCGCAUGGCUGAAGACAUGGAAUUUUCUGAAUGCCUCGACGCUGCUGUCAACGAGCGCGACCCUCACCGUCGGAUAGCAUUUGUGGCGGCUUUCGCGAUGUCCAACUACUCGUCGACCAUUGGUCGUAUCGCGAAACCGUUUAACCCUAUGCUUGGCGAGACCUUCGAAUAUGUUCGACUCGAUAAAGAGUAUCGCUACGUGUCCGAGCAGGUUAGCCACCAUCCCCCAAUUACUACUUGCUGGGCCGAAUCGCCACGAUGGCACUAUUACGGAGAGGUUGAUGCUCAGAACAAGUUCAUGGGCAAGUCGUUCGAGAUCCGUCCCACUGGUGUAGCGCACGCCGAGCUCCUCCUCCCGGAGGAGUGGGGUCCAGGGUAUCCGAAGUCCACGAGCCCCUUCGCUAAAGGUCGAGUAGCUGAGCACUACACGUGGAAGAAGGUCACAACGAACGUAUCGGGGUUCAUCCUUGCCAACCCGACGAUAGAUCACUACGGAGAAAUGGUCAUUACCAACCAACGUACGAAAGAUCGGUGUGUGCUCACCUUCAAGCCGCGAGGCUGGCGUGGUAAAGAUGCCUUCGAAAUCUCUGGCCACGUCAUGGAUGCCGCAGGACGCGUCACCUACGAAAUCGCUGGCAGAUGGAAUAGCCAGCUAGUUGCCCGUCAAGUCGGCAAUGGUCGUGGUUCGCUGAACCCGGACGUUUCGGUUGGCGGUCCUGCUUCACCUUCCCACUCCACGGAGUAUAUCCUCUUGUGGAGGAACUCGGAGAAACCCAAGGCGCCGUUCAAUUUAACCCCAUUCGCUAUCACUCUGAACGACUGCCCUCGCGACACACUACUUCCCUACCUAUGCCCUACAGACUGCCGGUUGCGCCCCGAUCAACGCGCCUUCGAAGAAGGAAGGUACACUCGCGCAAACGACCUUAAGAGCAUGCAGGAGGAGAAGCAGCGCAAGACGCGCAAGUUACGAGAGGAAGGUCAACUUCCGCCUCACAACCCCCGCUGGUUCAGCGCACAAACCGAUGCUGACACUGGAGAGCGCGUCUGGGCACCUGCCAGAGCAGGAGAGCAGCUUGCUUAUUGGUGCGAAAGGGAGAAGGUGUGGGCUGCAGGCGGGAACGUGCCAUGGCCGGAUGUGGAAUCGAUUUUUGUCGUGGACGAAGAAGCCGAAUGAAGCCGUGAGACACGUCGAAUGCUUAGGGUAUACUCAAAACAAUUGUAUUAGUGUAGCGCGCCCUUGUAACAUCCUAUAAUAGUACCGGGUAUGAGACCACUCGUUGCGUGCGCGACGAAAGCGUAAUGAUAUUGGGGAAAACACGUCCAUCAUUGAAAACGCGAGAACUGGCACCGCGUUCACGAUAUGAUACUUUUCCGUACCUAAACGGAUUCGAUCGAGGCAGCCGGAACAGUCUCGUCAACAGCCGAAACGGGCGAUGCAGCUGGGGCAGCAGGGCAUGUAAGGCCAUCGUCAUCCCGUCGGCCGACGGUCAACACAUCGCGAGAACGACGACUGAAGGACUGCUCGAGCACCGGCCAAUCGUGCAGAUCGCGGGCACCCUUGGGGUUCGGCGCACUCCCAAGGCAUUUCUUGAAGAGUUGGAAUGUCUUGCGGAAUAUGGUAGCCUUCGUAUUUUUGUCAAACAAAUCGAAGAACUUCGCGUCCGUUCCGACUUGGCCAAGUAGCGCCACGUUGGCAGAGAUGCAGCCUUGAACGCCGGCGGUGCUUGACGCGGCGGCAGUAGAGGCACUUGAUGUUGCAACUUCGGAGGACGAGGCUGAGGCUGAAGCCGAUGCGGAUGUCUUCGUGGCGACUUUCGUGGAGGAUGCAGAGUCCGCAGUAGUGGACGCCUUCGAAGUGGAAGAUGGUGCCUCCGUGGAGGUGACCGAAGCCUCGGCGGAGGAACUGGUGUCCUCGGAGUUAUCCUCGCCCAGGUCUCCGCUGAUAUCGGUGGGCGCUGGCGGUGCGGAGGUGCUGGAAUGAUCGCCGAAGGGGUUGUGAGCACCGACAAAGCUCGUGACGUCGUCGAAGCCAUCCUUGAUAUCGUUGGCGAUGUCCCCAAAGAAUCCACGGGGCUCCGCGCGAGGAUUGAUGCCGGUCUUCGCGUUGGCGUCUAAUUCAAGCACGAGGUUGGCGGAUGCAUCGAGAUCGACGAAGACACCAGCGUUGGAACCAAAAGCGGAAAUGCCGAGCUCAAGGGUGGGAGUCAGAUGAGCGGAGAUCGUUGCCUUGGUCUGGACACCGGGGCUGACUGAGAGCUUCAAAGGAGAAUCAUCCGGUUGAGGCUCUCCAGCAGGUGGGCGGGAAUCAUCCGGAGGGAAGGUAGCAGUGGCGCCCUUGACGUGGUAGGCGAUCUGUACAGUGACGUCGGCAUCGAUUUCGAGUUUUGCAGUCGCGCUCGCUUUCAGGAUGAAUUGCGGCCCGAUUGCGAAGAUGCCUGGUAUAUCGAGUCCAGGAAGACCCAGGGUGAAGAGAGAGAUAUCACCAGUGCUCAGAUCAGAGUUAGAAGCGCUGGCUGUAAUCACCAAGGCCGUGUCGACAUCCGCGUCAAUCCCCGUGGUGAUAGCGAACUCGGUGAGCUUCGGUGGGAUGAUGGAUCCGGAGACGACGAAGCCAAAGUUGGCCUGAGCGUGGAUGUCCGCGUCCACAUCAACUUUGAACGCGAGAUCGCCGAAGUCGCAAGGUGUCUUGAUGUUGACGAGGUUGAAGUCCUUUUUAAGAUCGAUGGGAUCGAAAGUCUUGUUCAAGGACUUGGAGAAAUCAGAGACAUCCGACACAGCGUUCUGGAACCCGUCCUUGAUGCUGUCCAAUAUACCGCGACGCUCGAGAUCGUUGAUACCACGCAUAGAACGGACGCGGGAGCGACGUGCGACAGGCUUCGGGAUGUUAUCAAGGUUGGACGAAGGCGAAGGCGCGGACGUGCCCUUCAUGCCGAAGUAGACAGUACCGAACUUGCUGGCGUCCACGGACGCCCAGUUGGUAUCCAAGGUGAGAGAGUGAACGACAGGCGCGGUGCCGCUACCCGCCUUCCGCUUGGAUGCCGCCCAGUCUGGAAGGGACUGAUCCUCAGCGGGUUUCGCGGCAGUCACACGUGCGAAUGGGAUGCCGCAGCUCGCUGGUAGACGGACAAUAGUGUCCUCCGCGCCGCUUUGAUAUACAUGGUUGCAACCGGAGGCAUCAGCGUCAUCGCUGUUGCAGACAAGACGGAUAUCUUGAGUGGUAGAGUUGUUGCACCCGAGCACUAUCCAUCCGGCCGCUUCUGUUAUAUCCGAGAUAGAGCUGUUGUUGGUCGACCAGAUCUGCAGCGAGGCUGCGGCGGAACGGCUGGACGGGGCAACGUCGUAUGAACAACUUCCGGAGAAGCAGGGUUUCGUCCAGUCGUUCACGGCGGCUUGAGACGUGGUAAUCCAGGUCAAAAGUAAGAAAAUAGCGAGUGGGGAUCGGUGGGGCAUGGCGCGCUGCUGUCCAAGAGAAAGAUCGUGAAAACGAAUGAGGCCGCAAACGUCAGAACGAGACUAAACCGCGGAGAGAGAAUGAAGAGAAUUCCCAAAAGACCAAGACGCGAGCCUGUGCGUCGAAAGAAGUGUGUCGACCGGUCGCUUGAGCGUUCCGGGACGAAAAGGAUUUCGGAAACCGAGAAGAAGGUGAGGGAAGAGCCACCAGGACACGCGAAACUGUGUGCCGUGCAUGAUCGCGGACUUAUGUAUCCUGGAGAUCAUCUUCCAAGAGAUUCCCAGGUUGCCUGCUUGCCCGCGAUGCAGAUGGAGAAAAUGAUGGCGGU